UCUCUAUAUAAAUCACACCUAGUUCUCUAAAAUCCUGAACAAAAAUAAUGUGUUUAAACGUUAAAAGUUGUUUUUUAUUUGCUAAUAUAGUAUUCUUUCUUGUUUUUGUUGUUUCAGCAUCUGCAAGAUUUAGCACGGAGGUUACAAAAAGCGAAAUCAACAGUAUCUGCACACAUACAGAUGUCGAUGCUUCAUUGUGCUUUGAGUUCUUGAACUCAUCUCCUCAAAUUGCAGCACUGGAUUUUUAUGGCCUUACCAAAUAUUUAAUUACUUAUGAAUCUCGAAAAUUUUCAGAUAUGUUGAAACAAUUCCAGUCACUCGUAAACAGCACUACGGAUCCUAGUGCUAAAGGUUCCUAUCAUGUAUGCGUAGGAACGUUUGACAAAGGUACUGGUUGUUUUGAUGACGCCUUCAGACAUUUGGCAUCCAAGGACUAUAUCACUUUGGAAUGGAGUGUUGAAUGUACGUUUGACAUGGCAGCUGGGUGUGAAGAUGAGCUGUCAACUUUCAAACCUAAUCCACAACUCUUCAAAGAUAUUUCUAUUGUCAAAAAUCUGUCUAUUAUGGGUUUGGUGAUUGUGAAACUAUUUCUGAAAAAAUAAAAAACGUUAUAUUAGUGUUGUUAUUGCCUCUUUUUAAGAUAUCCCAUAAAUCUCUACAAAAAUAUCGACGAUUGAAUUGAGAAAAGUUAAUGGAUCUCUCAUUAUGAGAAAGUUUUGACU